ACGUGUAUGCUGCUGGAAAAAAAACAAAAACCACAAAACCCCAAACUUGGCACCUGUCCUGUGCCAGCCUCCAAUCAGUGGCUGCUGCUGGCAGGGGGGUGGGCUGAAGCUCCAGCGAGUGAGACAUAUAAGGCUGAGCUGCGGCAGCUGUUGCAGGCAGAGCAAACUGGACACUGCACACCUGGGAGCUUGUGGUGCAUCUGGCUCACUGCUGUAGUGGAAGAAGCGCAGCAUCCAGACGCACGGAGCAGAGCACUGGCUACACUGUGCGCCUGCGAUUCCCUCCACAGAGCAGCUGUUACUGGCAUUACCAUCGGUGCUGAUUACAAGGUGGGGGUCACCAUGCUCCAUAAGAAAGCUGCUGCUGCUGCCGCUGUGCCCCCCGUGUCCCUCUCCGGGACCUCCAGUGGCGCGGUGCGCCUGGUCUUCAUGGGAGCAGCAGGGGUCGGGAAGACGGCUCUGAUCCAGCGGCUCCUCUGCGACCAGUUUGAGCCCCGGCACCGGCGCACGGUGGAGGAGGUGUACAGCCUGGAGCCUGAGCCGCAGUCGCUGCAAUUACGCAUCGAAAUCGUGGACACCAGCGGCAGCUACCAGUUCCCGGCCAUGCAGAAGCUGCGCAUCCAGCAGGGGGAUGCCUUCGCCCUGGUCUUCUCCCUGGCCCAGCCGGACUCCUUCCAGGAGGUAGAGAGGCUGCGGGAGGAGAUCGUGCAGAUUAAAGGGGAGCAAGACGUCCCCAUCGUGGUGGUGGGCACUCACACCGACCUCUUUCCCGGGCUGGAGGCGGAGGCCGGCCAGCUGAUGGCCCUGCAGGCUGCGGCCACUGCCGAGCUGGAGUGGGACAGCGGCUACGUGGAGACCUCGGCCAAACUCAACCACAAGGUGCAAGACGUCUUCGAGGAGCUGCUCCGCAGGAUCAACCUGCCCUGCCUGCUAAGCCCCGCGCUAGAGAGGCGCAGAGCCAGCGCGCAACCGGAGCCCAGGAGACGGCAGCCGCGCAGGAAGCAGCAGGACUGUAUCUUGUCCUAGGGGGCCACCUGGAGGAGCCCAGUAACUGUUUGACGCAUGAGGAUGGAUAUUUAGGGGCCCCUGACUGUCAGGGGCGACCUGUAUGAGCCCAAGAACUGGUUGACUCUUGAGGGUGGACAUUUAAGGGCCCUGGCUCUUAGGGGCUACCUGGAGGAGCCAUAGAACUGUUUAGAGGCCCCUGCCAGGGACCAAUGCUGCUCAAUCUAUGCCAAGAGGCAAGCAACUUGUGGCCCUGUAAGCCUCAGCAGAGACUGACACCUGAUAGGGCAUGCUGAGACCAUUAGUUCUCCUAUAGCUGGAAGCUAGUAAGCCUGUUCUUGCUGUAGGUGCUGAGUGCAGGGAGGACUGACUGGCUACAGCAAUGUGAGGUGCAGGCAGCUCUAGAAAAGACUUUAAAGUACAAGAGUGAGGGUUUGUAUCAAAGCAACAACUGAAUCAAAAUGUGUGACUGUUUUAUAUACAACAUGUACAUUAUCUGGUUUAUCUCACAACUGUAACAGUUUCUUAUUGAUCAUUCCAUAUUCUAGCAGUCAUUUGCACUGCAGUAAUAACUAGUACACCUUUAUUUAGUUAGACAGGGCUGAGCCUGUAUCAUGCCAGGAAAAUAAAUACUUACACACAGCUACUUAGAAUGAAUCUUACUCUGGAAUAACAAUAUUUGCACAGUGCCUGCACUACCUGGAGUCUAUGUUUUAUUUUAGACCUGAAUGUGAAAUGAUUUGUGACUCAAACUCUCUCCCUGGCAGUCACACACAUCGCUGUGAAUUCUGUUGGCACCUUACUAAGCUGUGAUGACAGCAUCAGCAUCAAAGAAUGUACUUUCACAAUGAGACACACAAUUCUGUACAGGAAUAAAUAAGCUUAACAAAA